AUGAAUUUUAAGCAGAUGUGUGGAAGAGCCGGAAGGAGAGGAUUUGAUACAUUAGGAAAUGUUAUCUUUAUGGGUAUAUCAAAGGGCAGAGUGCAGAAUUUAGUUGCUUCAAUGUUACCACGUCUUCACGGAUCUUACCCUUUCUCAAAUUCUUCAUUAAUAAGUUUUGAUAUUGAAAAAUGUAUUAUUGAAAAUCCUUUAAUUAAUUUAAUUGAUGUAAAUAAUAAUGUUGAUGACUUAAAAGGGAAACUUAGCAAAUUAUCAUUAUAA